AUCAUUUUAUGGCAGUGAAUGAAUGUCCAGUAGGAAAAGUGCCUCUUUACAACAUGACAAGAAGACAUCAAAAUGUUACUAAUUCCUCUUCCAAAUUACUAAUUAAUGAUUUUCAGCAAGAUUCUCAAAAUUCCCCUGGCUACCAUAUGGUAACUCUAGAGACAACUAAAAAUAUGAUAUUUCAUGGAGCAUUCGCGGGCAUAACUGGAUACAAUCUAUUACUUCAAGAUAACCAAUACAGCAUAUCUUCAAUUUGGGUUGAAAAUGGGCCACCAACGGAACUUAAUAGCAUAAAAGUAGGAGUUGGGAUUCAUCCAAGUUUAUAUGGAGACAGCCAAUUGCGAUUAACUACUCGUUGGACGGUGGAUGGUUACAAAAAAACUGGAUGUUACAAUAUACUUUGUCCGGGUUUUGUGCAAGUUAAUCGUAAUAAAGAAUUUGCUCUUGGGUCUCUUGUAUCUCCUAAUUCUAUUGGGUCAGCUUCAAAAUACUUUACUUUCCUAAAAAUCAAACAGGAUCGAACUACAGGUCACUGGUGGUUGAUUAUGCAGUGGGAAUCAAUAUACGUUGGACAUUGGCCAAAAGAAUUAUUCAAUCGUAUAAGCAAAGGAGCGUCUUUGAUUAGAUUUGGAGGUCAAACGCAUUCCCCACCUAAUAAAGAUAGUCCACCAAUGGGUAGUGGGAGAUUGCCCAAAGAAAAAUACAAAAACUCGGCUUUCAUGGAAAGACUUCAUAUUAUUGAUUCAGAAUAUAAUGAAGUGGAUGUAAAAUCGAAUGAUAUGAAGCCAUACAAAGAUUCCAGUUCAAAUUGUUAUGACUUGGGAUACCAUGGUUAUGAAGGGCCUAUAUAUAGGCAAGCAUUUCUCUAUGGUGGGCCAGGUGGGAGAAAUUGUGAGAUUUGAUUAUAUUGACAAAUUUAUUUAAUA